ACCAUUUUUUACAGAGACUGAAGAGGAAGCGAGACACUCCAUAUGUUUUAUUCCGUUUAAAUGAACGUAAGUAUACAAGACCCCUCUGCUAUUGCAUUGGCGUCUACGGGAGACACCCUGUUAAACCGGAACUCACCGCUUUUUUUCAAUGGUAAACAGCCGGAGUGAGCUAUCUUCGUUUAUGCACCAUCUUUGAUUUUUAUAUCAGUGGAGGCGAACUGAAGAGGGCUCUGGGAUGCUAACUGAAAACACCAAUUGACGUCGCUUCCUCGUUUCUGGCGUAAUUGCUACACGGAAAAUAAAUGACUAAAUGCAUCCAGGACCACAUUGAAAGAUACCUGUGAAAGCUCUCGCUCCCCCACCCCAAUGUCGAGGUCGCAGUGACGGGGCUGGGCAGAGGCAGAGCCCGGUGCCCCGGCCCCUUUGCCCAGCUGAGGAGCAGCCCCUGACAGGGAGCGCACCAUCUCCCUGUGCCUCGUGUCCUCUGGGGGGCAUUUUGAGCCAUGGAGCACCCACGGGAAAAAGAGGGUGAGCGACCGGCGCGCAGCAGCAAGGCGGGUCAGGGGCGCAGCGGGCACUCGCGCCCCUCUGGAUCAGGCUCCUCCGGAGUGCUCAUGGUUGGGCCCAACUUCCGUGUGGGCAAGAAGAUUGGCUGUGGUAAUUUUGGAGAGCUGAAGCUAGGUAAAAACCUCUACACCAAUGAGUAUGUUGCAAUAAAAUUGGAACCAAUAAAGUCAAGGGCACCACAGCUGCAUUUGGAGUACCGGUUUUACAAAACAUUAGGCAGCACAGCGGAGGGUCUUCCUCAGGUCUUCUACUUUGGGCCGUGUGGGAAAUACAAUGCCAUGGUGUUAGAGCUGCUGGGCCCCAGUCUAGAAGACCUCUUUGACCUCUGUGACAGAACCUUCUCUCUCAAGACAGUCUUAAUGAUGGCUAUUCAGCUGCUCUCACGGAUGGAGUACGUCCACUCCAAGAACCUCAUCUACCGAGACGUGAAGCCCGAGAACUUCCUCAUCGGGCGGCAGGGGCACAAGCAGGAGCACAUCAUCCACAUCAUCGACUUUGGCCUGGCUAAAGAGUACAUCGAUCCCGAGACCAAAAAACACAUUCCUUACAGGGAGCACAAGAGUCUCACAGGGACCGCCCGCUACAUGUCUAUCAACACCCACUUGGGAAAAGAGCAAAGUCGACGGGAUGACCUGGAAGCCUUGGGCCACAUGUUCAUGUAUUUCCUACGAGGGAGUCUGCCGUGGCAAGGACUCAAGGCUGACACCCUGAAGGAGCGAUACCAGAAGAUUGGCGACACCAAGCGCAACACUCCCAUCGAGGUCCUCUGUGAAAGCUUUCCAGAAGAGAUGGCCACGUACCUGCGCUACGUGCGGCGGUUGGACUUCUUCGAGAAGCCCGACUACGAGUAUUUGAGGACUCUGUUCACCGAGCUGCUUGAGCGCAAAGGAUACAUUUUUGACUACACCUACGACUGGGAUGGCAGAGCGAUUCCUACUCCAGUGGGGUCUGUCAACGUGGACUCGGGUGCGUCUGCCAUCACGAGAGAGAGCCACGCUAACAGAGACAGGCCCUCUCAGCAACAACCCCUACGGAACCAGAUGGCAGCAUCAGACCGCAGAGGAGCAUGGGAUGCACAGCCCCACCGGCAGACAAAUUCCUCCUACCUGAGCAGCUCCCACCUGGCUGCCGACAGGCAUGGGGGCUCUGUGCAGGUGGUAACCUCCACCAAUGGGGACCUGAAUGCAGACGACCCAAUGACGGCCCAUUCCAACGCACCUAUCACAGCGCAGGCCGAGGUGGAGGUGGUGGAAGAGGCCAACUGCGUGAAAAUGCUCAACCUGUGGUGCUGUUGCUUCUUCAAGCGAAAACGGAAGAAGAACACUCCACGGCAGAAAUGAGCUCCUGCUACUCUGUCCGAUGUCACUGAGCGGGUUUGGUUUUAAGGAAACUAAUUAAGGGGCAUUUCCAGUUGUAGUUGGGAGAGAGACUUUUUAUUACGAGAGAUAUGCGAUUUCUUAAUGACCCGGACCUACUGAAUGACCUUCGCCACAGAGACCUUUCUUUGAUAAUUUGACCACUGACACUCCCUCUGGAUACCGGAGAACAUCUCUUAAUCUUCAGUUUUUUUUUUCUUCCCUUUUGCUCAAGUGGAGAUCAAAGUCAAAUAUCCCUCCCUCUCUUUUAGGGACUGAGGAGACCAGUCUUGCAGUCUAUAGACCCCAUAUUUUUUCUGUCUCACGUCUCUCUCUUGUGCUCUCUCUCCCCAUUCACCAAACACUCUCACAUCCCCAGUAAAAGCAGGUCUUAAGCUGUCCCUAAUUGUUUGCUUUUUGUUCAUGCAUAUUUAUCUCUGUACAUAUGUGUGGAUGUAUGAAUGUGUCCUAAUGGUUAAUUGGUUCAUAUGCCACCCAGCCCCUCCCAGUUAGCCCUGUUUGACUGUCUUGGAAGUAUAGGAGAUAUUAGGGCAAUUCCACAUCAGGACAGCCUGAACAUAUUUUGGGAGUAUCAAAUUGUUCUUGCAAUUCUCACAUAUAAAGUUCAUUGGAAGGAAGAAUGUUUGACAUGCUUUUUACAUUUGUAUCACAUUUUUUUCUAUCAUAAUGAAAGUGGUUUUCUGGUACUUUGGAAGAUACAGUAUGACCCAUUUUAUAUAUAGAAGUUGACAUUAUAGGUCAUUAACCAAUCACAUCCCUCCUUUAGAAUUGCACAUUUAGCAAUUCACCAGCAGAGGGAGUUCCCUUUUGAAUCCAUUUUCCCAUUCACUGUGUUGGUGGUGCUUAUAAAAGCCUACUCUGGAAAUGUGAUGUACUUGUAGAGUGUAUAUAUAUAUUGUUUCAAACAAUGUCCUAAAAUGAGCUAAUCUAAAAUUGUAUUUCAUAAUGUAGACAUAGUCCAUAUGUUAGAGCACACUAUAAGGAGUAUAAUGACACCAAGAUGUUCUGUGUCAUGUAUGGUGCAUGGAUCAUAAGAUCUUACAGGAGGCAUGUAUAGGUCUAAAAAGGGCCUAGAAUUGCUACUUACAUCAUGAUUAUCUAAAAAAAAAAUGUUUAAAAAAAAUAAAAAAGCAUGUCAAACAUCCUUCCUUCAAAUGAAGUUUCUAUAUGAGAAUUUCCAUAACAAUCCAAGUGUCCCAAAAAUAUUUUCGGGCUGUCCUGGCACAGAAUGGCCCAUUUUUAUAAAUAAUACUACAAAGUCCUAAAGUAACCUCUUGCUCCAAGCCGAGACACCGCUUCAUGUCCCCUCAUAGAUCUGCAAAGAUGUGACCGGUGUAAGCAGUAUGUUAAUAGUUCCCCUUUUGCUUCUGGUUGGCUAGGUGAAGUUUUCACCACAUUGCUCAACACACAUCCAGUUCUUUCACAUCUAUAAGGGUUUAUUUGGGAUUGGGCAUAAGUAGUCAAAGCAGAAAGAAAAGGUAGAAAAGGAGGGAACAGCGAAAGACCAGCACGUUCCUAAUGCAUCCCUGCCAGGGAAAUAAACCUGCUUGUACUAUUCACCUCACAAGUCACUUACUACAUUUGCCUGGUACCUCCAUAUUUGUAUUAAAAACUACUAAAAGUGCUAAUUAGAAGGAUAAGCAAGAAAAAUGUAAGACAGCAGUUGGUGAGUGACCAAAGGGAUGUGUGUGGACAGAGGACCAGUUGUUACCAGAUUGGGAUUUAUUUCUGAAAAUGAUUUGAAUUCUAGAUCCCUGUGUUUGAUGCACUGUUCAUUAUAGCAAAUGCACAUCAUUGCUUGUAACCACUCGCUCCUUUUCAACUUCAGGCCUUGGUCUGUUGUACAUUUUUGGGGGAGACAAUCUAUCGACAAUAGAUCAGUUACGAGUUGCAUUUUGCAUUGCUUUAGUUAACAUUGCACGUACCCCUGAACUGGUCCCUGUUAUCCACAAACACUUAGAUUUCUCUGUGUGGAUGAAGGAAAAGUUGCUUCCAAAUGCUGAUCUAAGGUCAGUUUAGCUUUUUUACCUCCUAAUAUUUAAGGCUAGGAUUUGGAUAGAAUGAACUGAUCCCAGAUGUGUACUUCGGGGCAGCUUCUACCGCCAGUCUGUCUGUAUACAGAAUCUUGGAUAAGGAGAACAGACUUAGCUCUCCCAUUGAUUUAGAUGCUACUGCUCCCUCUUCUGGCCUUAACAUGGAAUGCCUUAAUCAGAUCACCUCUCAUUAGAGCCUAUCAGGAUAGGUGUCUGGUCACUGCAACAACAUACCAGCCAAUAAGAAGACAUGCAUGUUGACGAGUCUGAUUCCAAACGAGCGGCCGUUCUCAACUCCAAUCCUGGGGUACCAUCUGGUGUUGCACAUUUAUGUUCCAGCCCUGCCCUAACCCACCUGAGUCAACUAAGUUAAAGCUUCAAUGCAGCCUUUUUUACAUUUUAUUUUUUAUCUCCAUAUCAAAUUAGUUCUGGGUAACAAUUCAGUACCUUACUGGCAUUGUUUUAAAUUAAAAUGGUCAAAAUGAAAGACAUAACAAAGAGCAAUUUCUCAAGCUAUUUUUUUGCUCGGACUGUCAAGAGUGAUCUGAGUGGGGAGGGGAUAACUGUAAACGAGCUGUUAUUGGCAGAGUGGUUUGGAACUCCAUAAUUUCACAGUAUUAUUCCAACCUCAGUAUGGAAAUGUAUAUAAAACACAGAAGAAUCAUGUUUUUGACUGCACUGGGCUUUUAAGUAUUUGAAUCAUGUCUGUUAGUGCUGGGCCUGAACAAAAAAAAGCUGCAGUGCUGCGGUGUGGACCUUCAAGACCUGGACUUAAAGCCCCCCAUGCAGUCUUUACUAUUUCAUUUUAAAUCAUCACUGUGUCUAAUAAAUCACUGUUUAUUUCAUGAAAAUAACAAAUAUAUUUUUGGUCAUUUAAUACCCUGAGCCUUCUUUGGCCCUUGAAAUGCUGUCUGACCAUGUGGGCGUUAGGAAAUACGUUUGAAGAUAUACACAGCCAUAAUUUUACAUACACAGCCAUAAUUCCGUUUACAAUAACCCGAAAAAUAUUGAGUCCCGGUUAUGUGAAACCAGGAUAAGAUACCUGAGAUAUGCUGAUCUUAGACGGGAUACUGUGGCAUGUAAACAUCUCAUCACUGUUUACUGUUGUUUUUUGCAGUCUGCACAGUCUCAGUUGCGCAUAUCAUUGGUGUUGUGAUGUUUUCAUCAGUCAAACACAUCACUCCAAAGAGAAGGCGAUCUGCGCUGUUCGAUCCAUCAUAAUUCCAUAAUAAUUGAUUUUGCUGAUACUCUGCACUGGACUGUAUAGCAUGCUGGCUACUUUCACCCCUAAUUUAGACACUUCUGCUUAUAAUUUCCGACAUUUGGUAGGUUGAAUCAUUUCAGACAUUUUGUAGGCCAUUUCUUUGUCAACUAUAGUUAGAUACAUGCAUAUUUUCUUCUGUCAUAACUUGUUGCCCUAGAAGACUAAAUAAAGUAGUGCUCACCAGAAUGUCUUACAUUGAUAGAAUGAAUGCAUUACACAGGAGGUUGGUGGCACCUUAAUUGGGGAGGAUGGGCUCGUGGUCAUGACUGGAACGGUAUAAGUGUCAAACACAUGGUUUGAUGCCAUUCCAUUAGCUCCGUUUCAGCCAUUAUUAUGAGCCGUCCUCCCCUCAGCAGCUUUGACUGCUGCAUUCGUAAUCUAGUUUAACACCAGUAAAGUUGUCUGUUUCGUUUAGGGACCGGGAGAAAACGCAAUAACUCCAAAACAGUGGAAAGAUUGGUCCUGAGCAAAAUGACCAAUGUCAUCAGUUUGACCGGUUUAAAGGAAAUGAAAAGCAGAGAACUAUGAAACAUUUCUGUUAAGACUUCAGUUCUUCUUGGGUGCAUAUUUUAUGUGCUUUAAAUACUGUCUUUUGGCAUAACUGUGUCAAAGAUAACACAUUGCAAUCGCCAAAGCAUUUUCUCAAGAGAUGCUGAUAGAAAGAAAUCAUAUUUCUCCACUCCUGUUCCCGAGACAAAAUUAUAAUUUGUUGUAUCAUUGUACUGCAAGAAAUCCAUAAUUCUGCAGGAGUUAAUAUUAUAUUAUGCUACAUGUGAGAGGUUAUAGGCCUACAGUAAGUGUCCAUAUUUCAGUUACUUUUCCAUUUAACCCAUAUUAACUAUAAUGACUAAUAUUCUGUUUAUACUCAUGAACGGGAUAUCGAAGGUGCAUGUAAACAGCAUAUCCCGAAUAAGAACUUAAGCGGAAUAUGAGCUACUGUCCGGAAUACUGUGCGCAUGUAAACGUGGUCACUAUUUAGCCUGUGGAAAUGGUCGCAUUUUGUGAGAUGAUACUGUGGUGUGUCUCACUUUAAAUCAAUAUUAGCGCAGACAUGGUUGAGAAAGCAGAAUUUGAAUAUUUAAAAUAUAGGAACCUCCUUUGUGUCCUAUGUAAUGUCAUCGGAGUGAAAGGAUGUGAAUGGCCUCUGCAGUCAAAACAUUUGAGGUUGUGAAAUGCUAAACUUGAAUGAUAUUCAACCCACCCCAGUGUUGACUCCUGAAGGGUUAUCUUGUCUGUUUCGAUAUAUUGUUUUGUUGUUAAUGUGAACAAAAAAAUGUAUGAUGUACUGUAAUUUAACAAAAUGUAAUCAUUGAAUGACCUUGCUUUUUGGUGGGGGAAGGUAUUUAAACAGUGAUUGAGUGCACUACUUCUGCACCUGCUGUUGUCUGUAGUUAGAAUGCCGGUCUCGUUCUCUACCAUCUUGAUCAGGUGUGUCAAACUCAUUCCAUGGAGGGACUAGUGUCUGCUGGUUUUUCUUUUUUUCUUUCAAUUAAGCCCUAGGCAACCAGAUGAGGGGAGUUCCUUAUUAAUUAGUGACCUUAAUUCAUCACUCAAGUACAGAGAGGAGCAAAAACCCGCAGACGCUUGGCCCUCCGUGGGAUGAGUUUGACACGUGAUCUAGGUACUAUCCACUUUCAUUUGUGUGUUAUGGAAAUGGUGGAAAGAACUCGUGGCCUUGAGGCAAGGCUGGGGGAAUUGUCAAUUUCCUUAUAUGCUUCUAUUGAAUAACUCCCUUGUACACAGACACACAGGCGUGAAACCCAAGCACAGUGUUCAUUAUUUUUACUUUUUUGUCUUUUGGCGGGAUCCCAAGUUAACACUGACUAAUGCCCCCUGGUGUGCAGGAGGACUUUAGUCUUUCCUAUGAUGACACAUUUAUCUAUGGCAUGUCCACUCCCUAGCUGCCUUUUAUGGAUGGACAAACAAAUGUUCUGUAUAUUUUUGAGUAACAAAGAGUUUUUGUGUGCUGUGUGUGGAUUUAAGUUAUUUCAAAUGUACUUGAAUGGAAAGAUUUGGGCCGAGUUAGUGGAAUGUCAGGAUUUACUCAGAUGCCAAUUAUCGGACUAAAUUAUGUGCGUAUGAGCAAUGUUCUUUAUGCAUGGAUUGGUCAAUUGAUUGAUUGAUUUACCCACAUGUCAUUUAGGCUUUUAGACAUCAAUGCUGACCACAGCAGGCUAAUUGUGUAGUGGGUAAAAGUUCAGGCUUAGGCUGUUGUCAUGUUUCUCUCGCCCUUUCUCCCUUUUGCUCUCAUUCAACUCUGUUGAGGACUUCCUCCCUUCCUUGAAGUAAUUAUUGAUCUAACCAGAGGAGGCUGGGGUCCUAUAGGAGGAUGGGCUCAUUGUUAAGGGCUGGAAUGGAAUAUAUGGAACAGCAUCAAACAUAUGGAGACAGCAUGUUUGACUCCGUUCCAUGUACUCCAUUCCAGCCAUUACAAUGAGCCUGUCCUCCUCUGGUUAGAUCAAUAAUGAUUUGACAGGUGAAAGUGAUGGCUUUUCCCUCAUGGCUUUCACCUGUCCAGUCAUAUCUAAUUAGUGAUUACUUAAAGGACAGGGAGAAAGGACAGUGUUCGUACCAGGACUUUUGACUUGCUAUGAUGCUGGUGCAGCACGGAGGUGCUGACCCUAGGGUUUCUUGAAAGGACAGAGGACUUCCACAUGCCCCUGGUGGCAGUAUAUAUUUCUAUAUUUGCCCAUACAGCUGUCUGAUCCCACUGUGGGUCAUUUUGAAGCCUUACAUUCCCAUUGCUCCAUGACAUGUUAACAUAACCCCCUCCAAUGGCAGGGUUUGUUUGAGAUGUCACUCACUGUAUUGGGAUAAUCUAUGGAUAGAUGUAUACCUCAGAGAAAAGCCAUUUCUGACUCUCUCACCACACACAUGCACAUUCUCAUUCCCUUUCUCCUUUUUGCUCUCUCACUCAGUCUUUGCUCCCCAGUGCCAGCUUGUUGACCUCUGGUGCCAAGGGCGCUGAAAUGUUAGCGUGUUGUAGACAUGAGCCCUAUUCUCUGCUCUUAAGAUGGUGUCAUUUUAGACCCAUUCGGUGGGUUAGCUGGAUCAUUGCAAGUGAUUUUGAAAAGCCAUUCAAAAUAAUAAUAAUUUGCCAUGUUAUGCUUGUGUGACAACCAUACCAUCUCCGAAUUUGUGUAGUGAAAUAUUAUUUUGCGUUGGCGCAUUUAGGUGACAUGAGGCUUCUACUAUAGUAAUAUUGCUUAUGAUUACAGAUGAUUUGCUUCUUUCAUUAAGUAUUCUAGGCCUGCUUGUUUUGCUUGAUUCCAACCACCAAAGUUAUUGUUUUGUCAUCCCUGUUUUCUUAUUAUUGUUCAUUUUUAUUAAGGAAACCACUAUCAAUAUAUGUUUUGCCAACUUUUGUGUACAUAUGAGAAGUCCUCUCUAAAUUAUUUAGAUGCUGCAGAGGGGGCAUGGCUUUUUACCCUUCAUCAGCAACCAGAAGAUGACACUGAGUCAGAUGGCUUUGGCUGGUUGUAUCCUCAUGCCUUCUGCAUACUGCAUAAAGGGGUAGAUUUAAUUCUACCUGAGUUCUUCUCAUUGGUUUUAAGCACAAAGUUAUUGUAUUGGUAUACUUUGUGUACUUUUAAAUAAUACUGUCCUGCUUAAAUGAGCAAGGCCCACCAGGGCCUUAAUGACCAUUUUUCAUUCUUACUGUCAUUCCAGAUAAUCGCUGCACUUUCUCAGUGUUUGAGGGACCAUUUAACAACGGUUGCUUGCAUUUGUCUACAGAACUGUGUAGGGUGCAAGCUGCAAAUACUGCUCAAGUGAAGACUUCCUGACAUUACCUUCUGAGUUGCUUAUAUACUGUAGACCUCCAGUGGUUAGAGACAAGACUGCAAUAUUGUACUGAUUAUUUUUAAUAGUAAAUUAUGUGAAGUUUAUUUUGUUUUUAUGUUCAAAUUGGAGUCUAUUUUCUCAGCCUGGUUUUCUUUUCACCCUCUUCAAAGCUGUGGAACGCAAACUUGUACAGUGCUAUGAGAGCUUAUGUCUCGUGUUCUCUGGUAAUGGUUUCAAAGCUAUGAAUAUAAGAAUCAAGUCUUAAAAUUGUAUUGUGAAUAUUGUGUUGAAACAUGAAUGUUACUUCAAAAUGUAUUUGAACGCUUUAACCAACCUAGUUAAGGGCUCCUAUCCUGAAAAACCCCUCGUUUUUUUUCAGGUUUUUGAAUUCCUUUUGGGGGGGGCGGGGUUGGACUGUCAUAUUAUGCCUACUUCCCAGAGGCCUCAAGUGAAACAUGUCAUGGGACCUUUCCAAAAUUUCACUACACUACUUCAAAAUAACUCAACUCAAGUUUGCACCCGUUUUUUAUGUAAAAUAAAAAUCUCUCUUAACCUUUA